AUGUCUGUUCUCUCGUUGGAACCAAAUACGGAGAGCCCGGUCACAGUCGAUGUGCUUGAUGGAAUAUGCGAGGAAUUGGGUGUCAGGAUCAAGAAUGAGGAGAAGGAAGAAUAUAGGAAGCUGCUGGCAGUCUUUCAUGACAGUGCAGCGGAGCUCAUGGCAAUGCCCGACUACGUCCCAUUCACUGACAUGAAGCGGUUCCCUCGGAACAACAUCCGAUGGUCAGAGCCAUCGGAAAACCCCCAUGGUGCUUGGGCGUGGCGAUGUAGUGUUCAAGACACAAAUCCCAACGAUGGCCUUCUCGCGGGCAAGACGAUUGCUUUGAAAGAUAACAUCAGUGUAAAGGAUGUGCCAUCACUCAUGGGAACUGAAUUUGUCACUGGUUUCGUCCCAGACCUGGACGCGACUGUCACUACGCGGAUCUUGCAGGCUGGAGGACAUAUCACAGGUAAAGCCGUUUGCGAAAAUCUUUGUCACUCUGCCACAAGUCAUUCAUCAGGUACUGGAGUCGUGGAUAAUCCAUACGCAAAGGGCUAUAGUGCUGGUGGUAGUAGCAGUGGCUCGGGAGUUCUAGUAGCGUUGGGAGAGGUUGACAUGAGCAUCGGUGCCGAUCAAGGCGGAAGUGUGAGGAUACCCAGCACGCACUGCGGCAUCGUUGGUCUCAAACCUACGUUUGGACUAAUACCAUAUACUGGCUGUGRCUCGAACGAAGCUACAAAUGAUCAUCUAGGACCUAUGACUACCACGGUGCUGGACAAUGCACUUCUCCUCCAAGCCGUAGCCGGUUCUGACAAUAUUGACGAUCGCAGUUUCGCGGCCGGCUCGCCCGAAAAGCUGCCCAGAUACUAUCAAGCCUUGGAAGCACUCAAGAACCCACAGAAUCUCAACGGAAUCAAGAUUGGCAUCAUUGAGGAAAGCCUCAAGCUCUCCGUAUUGGAUCCACGAGUCAAGACCUGCUUCGACACAGCAGUUCAAAGCUUUCGUAAACUCGGAGCCACAGUCUCCUCGAUCUCCAUCCCAAUCCAUAGUAAAGGCCCGGCAAUCUGGACCGGCGUUUCGAAAGUAGGAGGCUACCUCACCAAAGUGAAUGGAUACAAUGGACGACGAGGCCACGCCAUGGUCGAUUUAAACUCGCUCUUCGCAAAAGCUUUGCACUCUCCGCAACAAUGGGACAAGGCUUACGUUGCCACCAAGAACAUCUACAUCAACGGAGCAUACGCGGAGCAGCAGUUCCCAGGGCUGCAUGCUAAAUCCACCAACCUUUCCCGCCAGUUACGUGAUGCUUAUGAUGAGGCGCUGGAGGAGUUUGACGUGCUGCUCACGCCGACACUACCUUAUGUAGCGACAAGUCAUUGCUCGCCAGAUGCGACUCCUUUAGAGCAGAUCAAGAAGCAAGUUGGUUUGGUGAGCAAUACUUGUCAAUUCAAUCAAACUGGACAUCCAGCUUUGGCUAUGCCUAUUGGAAGACUGUCUCCCACUGAAGGACCGCUGGCGGGUAGGGAGGAUGUCAAGUUGCCUGUGGGAAUGCAAAUUGUUGGGAAAUGGUGGGCUGAGGAAAUGGUGUAUCGGGUUGGGUACGCUUGGGAGAUGGCCAAUGAUUGGAAGAGGAUGUAA